GUUCAGGAUUCUUGAUUCAUCAGUGACUUUUCCCUUUAACGCAUCAAUUUUUGUGUUUUAUUUAAGGAAAAUAGCCUUAAGAUUCGAUUACCAUUAAACUUUUGGGAUUCUUUUUUGAAUUAUACGGAUUUCCUUGCAAUUUUGACUUCUUUGGUAUUUGUUUACAAGUCUUUGUUUAUUCUUGACAGCAUUGUUUGGUAUAGGGAUUUGAUAGAGCAUUGUUUUUGUACUUUCUUGUUUUUCCAAACAAACAUAGAUUGAUAUUCGUACUGGAUCAUUCUCUGGCUGCUUUUGUUCGAUUUGCGUUAUAAGCGUUCGUUUAUCAACUAGCAAAUUCAUUCUCUUUGUGUUCUGGGUCUUGAUUAAGCAUUGUUCUUUGCAUAUAUAUGUUUUAAUUAUUUGCAUCUUCUUUGGUCUCGCCUCUGGAGUCUUCUAUACAUGUGGCCGAAGACUCUUUAAUUUUCAUAGUAGGAAAAAUUUCCGUCUUUCUAGUCUUACCUGUUUACUAGAGUAGGGUUUUGUUGAUCGCUUUCUACUUGCCUGUUGCUCAAAUUUUGCAUUGAUCUUUUGUGCCAUUCGAUCAUAAAAAAAUAUUACGUCCGAUAAAAAGAGUAUCCUUCUUUUGAGCUUGCUGAACUGCAAAUCCAAAUCUUUUCUCUACACAUUGAUCCUACUUGGUUGAUUAUUUUCCAGCCCUUCUUCAUUUCUUCUGGUUUGGAUCCACCUUGUUGCAUAAUCGCAAGUUUCCUAUUUAUUUUACAUAAGCCACGAUACUGGCUAGCUUUCUUUCUUCUUUUCCUAUUUUUCUUUCUUUUUUUUUCUUUAAUAUUCUCCAGCAUUAACCUAUUUAUUCUCUUUUUGUUACAAACAUGCCAAUACUUGAUUACCAAGGUUCUAACGCUGACGUUGAUGAAUUUGAUACAAGAAAUCAAGAGUUUGUGGAUGCCAAUCAAAUACCUUAUUUAAGUAGGAAUAAUAUUACAUCUCAUGGAGAUGCAGUGGAUACUUCACAUACGACACCUGACGAAUCUCAUGCUGAAAAAGCUACUACCAUUGAUGAUAAUAGAGAAGAUGUAAACAACGGUUUACCUUCUCAAGAUGUUUCCCAGAAUGGCACAGGUGAACUUGCUCAAGGUUCCAGUGUAAACCCUUCAGCUAAUGAGAAUGAAACUUUUUUUGAAGAUAAAGACAUUCAUUCUGAUGCUCUUGGAGAGGACAUGUCUCAAGAAGACUUAGACAGAGAGCGAGAAGCCCUUACACACCUUCGUCGACUAUCCAUGCAGGGUACGGAUGAUCCCGAUCUUCAUACAGAUUGGUCUGUUAUGAUGUCUCCUCCAGAAUCAGAGUCGGAUGCGUCUACUUUAUUUUGGGUUCCAGCAGAUUUGCAUCCGGAAGUAAAUCCCAACGGUUGGAAAGACUUUCUAGAUUUACAAGUCAAAAAUUUAAAACACCCAAAGCAAAUGGAUACUACUGCCAGUCCUCUCCAGCAUAUACGUUCAUUGCACAGAAGGAGAUCGUUGCUAUCCCGUCAGGUUAAAGCUGAUGAUGCCGCUCAGAGUUAUCAAGACGGUAGUCCAAUAAUUGAAAAGAAGAACAUUGAGAGGGGUAGAUCACUUCGGUUACAAGACUUGGAACAUUUAGAGUCUUUAGCUCGAGAUCCGAAGAAGAUGGGAAGUCUUGUUGACAGUAUGAGGACGGAACCUCCUGAAGAUAGUCCAAUUUUGGUCUCACCAAAUCAAUUUUUGCAGCGUUCUUCUCGUACCACUAUCCGUCGUUCUGGAGCCUCGAUCAGAACCAUAAAUCGUGGUAAAGCUUCCACUUUAUUGGGUAAUAGAUCUCACUUUUCUAUUAAUAAGGAUGGACAAACUCGAUCUCUUAGUGUUCUCAGACCCUCGUCUCCUUUGACUCACCGACAUGAACAAAACAUAGAGGCUCCAUCAGCAUGGUCUUCGUCAACAUCUUUGCAAGAUAAAUCCCAAAACGAACAAAAUAACAAUGAUACAGAAAAUACCCGCUUAGGAACAGAAUCUGAUGUAAUUGCGCAGAUUUCAGAUAAACAAUCGAAGUCUCAAGAAAAUCCGAAUGACUCUGACUCUAAUACGGAAACAAAAAAUGGUUUUACUGAUCGUUUUGUCUCUUUACCUGAACAAUCUUCUGAUACUAUAAAGCCAAGUGAAAAUGAAGCUCCAUUUCAAAGCGAAAGUAUAAAGGACAACCAGGAAAAACCUAGUGAUUCUGCAUCUUCAUCCUUGCAGCCAUCACCUGUAUCUAAACCGGAUGCUUCAGUUAUGCAAUCAAUUGCUACUCCCACCAAGGAUAAUUUUGAAGAAGUUAAAGAUGAAGCUAUAAAAUCAUCAGAACUUGCAGCAAACGACAAGGGAGAUCCUAUUCCCAAGCUGCCUUCAAAGCCACCAACUUCAGCAGAAGUCAAAAAAUCAAAAAAAUCUUGGGGUCGGCUGUUUACUUCAAAUGACCCUGAAAAGGAUCUUAAGAAAGAUAAAUUGAAAAAGAAAGGUGAUGAACACUUUGCUUCUCAGUCUACACCGUCUAAGGAUAGCAUAUUUGGCUCACUUUUCAGUUCGAAGAAAAAGUCAACAGAAACUAGUACCGAAAAACCUGUUGCUACAAAUGUUCAAUCCAUUUCUCAUCAUCCACCAAUACCAAAGGAAGAAGGUUUUAAUGAUCAGCGAGCACUAAGUAAAGCUUCAUCUAACGCUGUAUCAUAUGUUCCCAAUGCUGACAAACCCAAGGCUCUCAUACCGGAUAAGGAUUACUAUUGGUCUCGAUUUCCUAUAUGUACAGAACGAGCUAUUUACCGACUGUCACAUAUUAAAUUGUCCAAUGCUCAACGACCGUUAAUGCAACAGGUGCUACUAAGUAAUUUUAUGUAUUCUUACUUGGAUUUAAUCUCUCGAAUUAGUGCAACUCGUGACAGACUUAAGAAUACUCCUAGACCAGGAGGUCCGCGACGUUCUGAAUUUUCAGCCGAGAACGUGAAAAAUGAGUUGGAAAACUUAAGUUACCAUUUUGGUGACCAGAGAAGACGAUCUAUGAAUAGGAGAAAGCCCUCCAUUCAACAAGUUUCGAAAAAAGGUCUUAAAUCUGGUUAGUUUGAAAGAGCAACAGUGUUGUUGGUUCUCAUUUAGGUAUACGCUCUUUUUCUGUAUAAUCCAUCCAAUCGUUAAAUUUUUCUCUUUUUCUUCUUUUUCGUACUAUCUGUUAUAAGUACAAUAUGCAUGAUUCAAAAAAACUACUUUGUUACGUUGCCGAGUUUCGUUUGUUUAUUCUAUGAUCAAUACAUUUGAUAUAAUUAAUGGUUUUCAGAAAUGUAUUCGCAAUUGCCAUUACUAAUGUCAAAGAUAUGCGUAUUUAACAUACUGAAUAUUUAACAGUCGGAAAGUUUUUAAAAGUUUCUUAUUGCUAUAAAUCACAUUACCAAUGAACCUUUUAUUUAUUAUAGUAAAUGUAUUCAUUUUUUUCGAUUAUUCAUUUAUUUAGUCCAUCACAAUAAGAACAUUAAGACAAAUGAAAACUACCUUGACCC